AUGACUGUCUCCAACGGCACAAGCGCGACCAGCGCCCACACGACGUCUCGUAGGCCGCUUCCUUGCGGCAUCUACGCGCCAACCAUGACCUUCUUCGACCCUGAGACAGAGGAACUCGACAUCCCCACCAUCAAAAAGCAUGCUGAGCGGCUGGUACGAGACGGCCUCGCCGGCCUCGUCACAAUGGGCUCCAAUGGGGAGGCAGCCCACUGCACCCGCGAGGAGAAGGCGGCAGUCACCCAGGCUACUCGAGAAGCCCUGGACGCCGCCGGAUUCACUCAGACGCCGAUCAUUGUCGGUGCCACCGAGGGCAGCGUUAAGGGCACAAUAGAGUUGUGCAAGCUCUCGCAACAGGCUGGCGGCGACUACGUGCUGUUGCUCCCUCCCUCCUACUUCCGAACGCUGAUGGACGAGGAGGCCAUCUACAAUUACUUCGUUGCCGUUGCCGACGGGAGCCCGCUCCCCCUGGUCCUGUACAACUACCCUGGCGCCGUUGCCGGUAUCGACAUGGACUCUGACCUCCUGAUCAAGCUCGCCGAGCACCCCAACAUCGUCGGCACCAAAUUCACCUGUGGUAACACGGGGAAGCUGACCCGGGUGGCUCUUGCCACCAAUGCCAAGACCCCCUCGUCCGAAGGGUCGGGAUACAUGGCCUUCGGCGGCAUGUGCGACUUCACCGUCCAGACCCUCGCCAGCGGCGGAAGCGGCAUCAUCGCAGGCGGCGCUAACGUCAUGCCCAAGCUCUGCGUCAAGGUCUGGAACCUGUACGCGCAAGGCAAGACAGAAGAAGCCAUCGCACUGCAGAAGAUCCUGUCCAGGGGAGACUGGUUCCUCACCAAGGCUGCUAUUGCCGGCACCAAGCAGGCCAUCCAGAGCUAUUACGGCUACGGCGCCUUCCCUCGACGGCCGCUGAAGAGGCUCGACAAGGCCCGAGUUUCGUCCAUCGAGGAGGGAAUAAGGGAGGCAAUGGAGGUCGAGAAAUCGUUGUAG